CUUGGGUCACGGGUGAUCAGUGAUACUCAUACGUUCUCUCUGGGGUGGUGUGUGGACCUCAGCUAGAGCUUUCGUGAGUGUGAGAACGACCUGGGAAUUUCCAGAGUUGAUUAUGCAACAGGGAUCCAAAUGACAGCUAACUAAACCUGCUGGACUGGACCUGUGCAUCGAUCGCAUUGACCCUGACACAGAGCGUGGUCAGGAGCCCUUCCGAGCCCACACUGCUUGCCUGCUUCUGGCCGCCACUAAGAAUCCUUCCUGUGCUCCUCCAGUCCACACGUCCACACUUGGUGGCUACCUUCCUUAUUCGGGUCUGAGCUGCACAAAAGCUGUCCUUUCCUCUGCUGUUGAACUGGAAGGAAUCUGGAACCACACAGGCUUCAGGAUUUGGUCCCCAACCCAUCAGAGAUGCUGGAGAGAACAGCCCAUCUUCACCACGCGAGCGCACGUCUUCCAGAUUGACCCCAGCACCAAGAAGAACUGGGUGCCGGCAAGCAAGCAGGCCGUCACGGUUUCCUACUUCUAUGAUGUCACCAGGAACAGCUAUCGGAUCAUCAGUGUGGAUGGAGCCAAGGUGAUCAUAAACAGCACUAUCACCCCGAACAUGACUUUCACCAAAACGUCACAGAAGUUCGGGCAGUGGGCUGACAGCAGAGCCAACACCGUGUUCGGUUUGGGAUUCUCCUCCGAGCUGCAGCUCACGAAGUUUGCAGAGAAGUUCCAGGAGGUAAGAGAAGCUGCCAGGCUAGCCAGAGACAAGUCCCAGGAGAAAACCGAGACCUCCAGCAAUCAUUCCCAAGAAUCUGGGUGUGAAACCCCGUCUUCCACUCAGGCAUCCAGCGUCAAUGGCACAGACGACGAAAAGGCCUCUCACGCGAGCCCAGCCGACACUCACCUCAAGUCUGAGAAUGACAAGCUGAAGAUCGCGCUGACACAGAGUGCUGCCAAUGUGAAGAAGUGGGAGAUGGAGCUGCAGACCCUGCGGGAGAGCAACGCCCGGCUGACCACGGCACUGCAGGAGUCGGCGGCCAGCGUGGAGCAGUGGAAGCGGCAGUUCUCCAUCUGCAGGGACGAGAAUGACAGGCUCCGCAGCAAGAUCGAGGAGCUGGAAGAACAGUGCAGCGAGAUAAACAGGGAGAAGGAGAAGAACACACAGCUGAAGAGGAGGAUCGAGGAGCUGGAGUCAGAGGUCCGAGACAAGGAGAUGGAGUUGAAAGAUCUCCGAAAACAGAGUGAAAUCAUACCUCAGCUCAUGUCCGAGUGUGAAUAUGUCUCUGAGAAGUUAGAGGCGGCCGAAAGAGACAAUCAAAACUUGGAAGACAAAGUGCGGUCUCUAAAGACAGACAUCGAGGAGAGUAAAUACCGACAGCGCCACCUGAAGGGGGAGCUGAAGAGCUUCCUUGAGGUGCUGGAUGGAAAGAUCGACGACCUCCAUGACUUCCGUAGAGGACUCUCCAAGUUAGGCACAGAUAACUAGGGCGGGGCGGAGCAAGUGUGUGUGAGAGGUGUGGUAGACGUAGGACAUUCUCCAUUUGCUUCUGUAAAUGCAGGUGCGAUCUGUCUGUCUCCAGACCAAUUGUGCCGUCCGCUCACUCCUCCAGAAUAGGAAAUCUCUCGCUUCUCUGGCUUUGUGAGGUCAUGGACAGCUGGAAGCUUCUGACUCAGGAAUCCAGAACUUGGUCUACCUUAGCCGUUUACGCAGUCAGGGCAGGGAUGUUUAGAUCUUCCCUUAAGGGCUGUUGUAACCCUAUGAACCGGGGAUGGGGGAGUAUUUUCUAAUCCAAGUACCAUUAUCCUUUACAGCAGGCCCUCGGGUGCCUUCUGCUGCGUGGCAUUCAGUGUAUGUGACUCUCCAGCAGGUUCUAGACCACGGGCAUGUGGAGGGAGCAUCUUUUCCCAGUAUGCAUUUUGUUGCUUUAGCAGAUGUGACAUGACAUUGUCAACCACAAAGUUCACACUCAAAAACUGCACAACUGACUUACUCAAAAAGAAAUAAUUGUAAAAAAAAAAAAAAAGUUUUAAGUAAAUACACUAUUUUGGGUUGGAGCACAUUCACGGUUACCCUUGGCUGCCUGUGACCUUUGGGCUGUAGGUCAGACAUACCUACUUGAAAGGAAACAUUUAGUGGAGACCUCUCUAGAGGGAAGAUAAACCAGAAGUUUUGGGGUGUGCGUACUGACAGGGAAUGACUAGUUCCUGCUAAGACCCAUCCUCCCCUGAUUUAUUGUGAUUGCAGCAAUGUUCUUGUUUGUUUGUUUGUUUUUUGUUUUGUUUGUUUUUGUUUCUGAUUUCAGAGCAGAUGCUUAAGCUGUGGGAACAGAAUGCAGGGAGGGUGUCUAGCGGAGUCUGGGCACUUAAUAGGUGCUUAAUAAACAUUCGUUCAAUUAAACAUAUAAGCAGAACUUAGUGUUUUAAUCAAACCACACAGCAGAGUUCAGACCCUUGUUGAAUAACACAUCAUCUUUGUUGUGCUGAAAUAAUUCUCAGAAAUGAAUGCAGUUUGCUGUUCUCAAACCUAGACUUGGCUCUGAGGCACAGACUGUGGCAAUGUAAUCAUCAUAGACUACUCUGAGGCCCUCCUGCAGGGACCCCAGCCACGAUCCUGGAGGACAUUGCCUGUGGGACCUUCCUUCUCUUCCAGGCAGAGGGCCUGGAGUUGGAGACUUUCUGGAUACCAGGAGAGCAUUGUAUAGGAGCUAGCCUGGGCUUAGAAGACAGGCUGGGCUUCCUGUAAUAGGUUUGAACAAUACAAAGCCAUCCUUCACGCCAUGAGGAUGAGAGCCCCUCAGGUGGCAGCUUAGCCUUAGAGACAGAGAUGCUCCUCCCAGGUCUGCCUUCCCUUUCCCAGUUCCUGCUAAGGAAGGGCCUGCAGCCAAAAAGCUCUCUGCUCACAGAGAACUUCUUAAAGGAACCAUUGGACUUUCAGGUCCACAGGCAUUCCUCUUUAGGAGAGUUUGCACACAGGAGGCAAGGUUUGUUAACCCUGACCCCCAACACUUCAGAAUGCCUUGAGCAAGGGAAACGUUGGUUCCCUACCCAUCUGAGAACCCUCUAGAUGUAUCCACAUGGGAUCAGAAAUUCUUCCUCUUGAAUGAGAAAACAGCCUGAGGACAGGGCUAGGGUCGGCACGUUUAAGACCCAGGCCCUGUGGCGACUUCCAAGUCCUCAUCUUUCCUUGCAGUGGCUGAUGAGUCACUCUGAGCAAGGAAUUCGAUCGGGACAAAAAAAAAGGAAGGAAGGCUGGUGAUGUGGAAGGCUGAGUUCUGUUAGGGGGUGACCCCAUCAAUUUGGGAUGCUUUAUACAACAGAGUGGUCACCUCUGAUGUAAUUCAGCCAGGGUGCUGCCGUUCCCCACAGCUCCCAAUAGUUCUCAAGUCAGUAGCAGCUGCUACUGGUGCACCAAGAGAACAUAGACUGGGUUAGCUAUGGCCCAGCAUGGGCUAAGGGGAAUUCUUCUUAGGCCACCCCAGCCCCUUUGCCUACCAACAGCCUGGACACAUGGCUCCCAAGAGCAGUGGACACUGGGGCUGUCAGCUCAGGCUUCAGAUGAGCUUCCAUUAUCAGGUAGAAGGAGCGCUCUCGGCUGGCUGGAGUAUGAUCUGGUGACAUGACCAUAUGAGGACACUUGCUAAGGCUACUGAACUGGAAGUGUAGAAAGUUCUAGAAGUUAUGAGCCCAGUGGGCUGGCUGUAAGGUUGAGACCCAUGACCCCUGUUGUUAGCACUGGGGGCGUGGGGGGGUUAGCAAGUUUCUAAUAGCCAGUAGGUGGGGGAAAUAGUUUUUGUACUCUUGGAUUCAAGCAGCCCCCAAACUGUCACAACCCAUGAUCCUAAGACACUAGGACGCCCCUGAAGAGUGAUUUAGGCUCCACAGCUAAAGCCCCAAGCAAGCACGGAACCUCCCUUUCAUCUGCUUCCUCUAAAGACAUCAUGAUUCUUCAUUUUCUUUCUUUUUAAGAACAGUCAUGGCCCAGGAAUGGCCUGGAAGGUCAACAGUAGGCUAGCCCUGUCUGUAGCCUCUGGCACUGUAAAAGGCAGACUCUGUACGGCGCAAACGACCCACUAAAAUUGUUCCGUAUCCACUCACACUAGUGGGACAUACCUCCAUUUUUUCUGAUGUCCAGCCCAGUCUUAGGACUGUUGUCGUGGCCUCAAAUCCCAUACAGAUGGUGUGAGCUGUUUUCCCCCAGCAAUUACGGCCACAGAGUGCUGCCUGCAGAGCCUGGAGUCAGAUGAGCUCUGGCCUUGGCAUCUCUGAGACUAGCAGUCUGCACCUUGCUUAGCUUGCAUUCUGCAGCCAUCCACAUGGAACCUAAAAGAGGCCAAGAAAACCUCAGAGCCCUUUAGCCGUGAUCCGCAUGCAUUUCUGACAUGAGCUGGGGUAGGGUGGUGCCUAGGAAUGAGAGACCGCUGGAAGGAAGGAUUGGGAGAGAAGAAACAGCCCGUGCUUGACCUCUGAUCAUCUCCUUCCAUUGCUUCUCCCCAAGAGCUGUCACUUUAGACCUUAAUUGGGUGAGAGAACUUGGCAGAGAUUAUCAACAGGAAGUGGAGGCAGAGUAGCCCAGAGUAACCCAGCUGUGGCCAGCAGCGUGGGCUCUUGGGUCUCCUGGACCUUGAUCCGCUGCUCUCCUAUGAGCCAUAUUGUCACUCUCCCUUUGGUGUCCCUUAGGUGCCAAGAAGAAAUAAAUACUCCUCUGCCCUACUAAAAGCAUGUUGCAACUAUAUUAAUUGGAGUGUGUGUCCACAGCAAGGAAUAGCCGACAGGGACACGGCAGAACUGUCCACCAUACACAGUAAAGUCUGUUUCCUUUGAAUGAUUCUGCUCUGUAGGGAUCUCUUCAAUGAUCUCUGUGCUUGGUGAGGCCAGUUUGGUGGAACACUGUCUGGCUUUGAAUUCUUUGCUGAUGACUUUAAUGAAGGUCCACUCACGUUUUUAAAGAGGGGAGGAGGCCUUUGAUGGCAGAGACAUAAACAGGAACAGAACAGACGAGCCACAGUUGGGGAGGUGCAGACUCAUCCAGUGCCUAGAGCAGUUUGCAUGCAUGCCUGGCUGUCCACAGAGGGAACUAGCUGCUCUCCAGCCUGCUUGCUCCACAGACAUAGCCUUAAGCAGCAUGAUGGCAGGUGCAGGUACUGCAUUUGAUAUGAGUGUGAGAGAGCUCACAUGCAGCCCAAAAGCAUCACAAGCAAGCCCGUUUGACAGGGGCUCUUUCUAUAGCCAAGACCCCUGCAGACACCAGUGGCGACUGUGAAUGAGACCCAACUUAGACCUCACGUGCAGCCAGGUGCGUGCUUGGAAACUGGGCGGUCUGGGAGGAGCUCAAGCGAUGCUGCCCUUCAGGGAGCACCAGCCACUGCUCUUUACUGGUAACUGAAGUGGGUCACUAGAAGUUACACUCACUCAAUUCUUGGGAACAUCACUGGAUUUUGAAGCACUUGCAACAUAAGGCAGAAGCUUUCAAUUCAAUGUCCAUACAUAUCUUGAAUGAUAGCCAUGACCUAAAUAGACCGUGACUUCUGAAUACAUGGCUUCCCUCAAAGAAACAGACUGUAUUCUGGGGACAGUGGGUGUGACGGCAUGGAGGUGGGUCCCUACAUAGAAGUGUGAGCUAUUUACAUGUCUUUUUCUUACAACUUUCUAAAGAAUAUAAAUCCCUCUUUAAAAACAAGCCUGGCAAGAAGGUGACUUUGGUAGGAAUUUUGAGCUGUAUGAAAUGUUCGUGUGUGUGUGUGUGUGUGUGUGUGUGUGUGUGUGCACAUGUGCAUGGGCACUGGAGGGGAGGAAGCAUCAGGAAAAACCAGAGAAACAAUUAGGAGGAAUUCAAUUAUAACUUCAUAACCAGGAGUCAUUGAAUAUUUCUGGUGGUGAUAGUGAAUGUUCUGGAAUCUGCUUACAGGACUUUGUGGGGCUUUGGGUUUGUGUGAACUUGUACAGUUCUCUUUGACAGUGUAGCACUUGCUGUGGAGUGGCCUCUGAGUCACAGGGACCCCUGCAGAGGCCCACGUGGACCACAGCGGAGUCCAGGCUUGCCUGCUCUAUCAGAAAGGCAGCAGGACUGAUACCUCGCAGAUGUUAGGGACACGUUGAUGCCUCUCUGUCCUGUACCAGUUUUGAUAAGAAGGCCUGACUGUCACUCCAUUGUGACAGUGAAUGUGACAGCAGGAAGAUGUUUCUUACAUCUCCACAAGAGCUUAAUGCUAACUAUGGAUUGGAUAAGCAAAUUAUUUCAUGAGUCAUUUUUUUUCUUUUUAAAUGCUUUUUUGGAAUAUAAGUAAUAGAUAAUUUUUUUAAAAAAAUGAAAUUAAAGAUAAAAGGAACAAAAAAAAUUCACCUAUUGUUCCACGGUCUGAUUGUAACCACUGUUAACCCACCCCAGUGGCUUUUCAGCAUCCCAUCCAAUUGUAACACUGUUAACCCCGUGGCUUUUCAGCAUCCCAUCCAAUUGUAACACUGUUAACCCCGUGGCUUUUCAGCAUCCCAUCCAAUUGUAUCACUGUUAACCCAGUGGGUCUUCAGCAUUCCAUCUGAUUGUAGCACUGUUAACCCACGUGACUCUUCAGCAUCCCUAUCUGAUUUUAACAGUUAACCUGAGUGGCUCUUCAGUGUCCUCACCCAGCUUGCUUUUGUUCCUUUUCCAUGAAAUCUCCUGGUCUCAUGCACACCCUUCUAAUAACUCACUUGUCUCCUUUUACUCUGUAUCACAAAUGUAUUUCUCUAUCGGUAAGUAUGUAACUACUACUUUUUAACAGCUGUGUAACAUUCCUUGGAUAGUUAAGCUGUUUCCAGUUUUCUACUCUUGUAGUCAGGACACAGUAACAUGGUUCUGACAUCUUUGUAAACCCUUUAGAGUAUUUGCUUAGACUAAAUUUCUAAUAUUAGCCUUUUCUAAUCUCCAAACCCUGGUUCCUUUCCUUCCUAAACAUGUGAGAGACUCUACUCACUGGCCCCUCGGUGGUCAGCUAUUCAGGGCCCUGGGAAUGAUUCUGGUCAAUGAUGUGAGCAGACAUAGUAUCUGAAACUCUAGCCAGGACUGUGGACUGUGCCAUGCAUGACUUCAGUGUCUCUGAUCCUUAGCCUUAGCAAAUGGUAACAUCCCGGGGUUAGGGAUUCUCCCAGCCUAGGUCCUUGAGUGACUGUAGGGGACAGGUCCUCUCACCUUACCCUACCUGCCAUUGACACAGACAUGUGGCUCACACAGAGAUAGACCUUAUAGGUUUUACCACUGGGAUUCCAAGGCUGAUGAUUUACUGCGGCAUAACAUAGCCCUAUUUUAACUAAUAAAAAAGGAAGCAUACACGUUUUUAGGAUUUUAAACAUAGCACUUCAAAUUACCUUUCAGAAAUAUGCGUGUCCCCCGACCCCCAACUAUACCUCCGCUCUGUGAGCGCCGUGUCUGUGAGCACCGUGCUCCCUCUAGCUCUGUCAUCAUCAUGGGGGCAGGAGCUAAGAAAGUUACAUUUUUGUUUUUAUUAAAAUAUGAUCCUCAUUAACAAAUGAGACCUGCCUGCCUCUGCCUCCCAAGUGCUGGGAUCCAAGGUGUGAGCCACAGCCUGGCUUCAGGCCUGCUUUCUUAUAAGGUCUUUAGUGGUCUCAUUCAUUCCUUUUUAAAACAGGACUACUACACAAGUACUACUUGUACCUGAUAAUCAAGAGACCAGAAGAGAGGUUAUCAGAUCUCUGGAACUGGAGCUACAGAAGGUUGUGAGCUGCCAUGUGCAUGCUGGAAGUCAAACCCAGGCCCUCUGCAAGUGUAGCUAAUGCUCUUAACCACUGAGCCAGCUCUCCAGCCCUCAGCCCCCCUUUGGUCUGCUAUUUAUUUAUUAUUAUUAUUAUUAUUAUUAUUGUUGUUGUUGUUGUUGUUGUUGUUGUUGUUGUUUUGAAACAAGGUCUUAACCAUAUAACUGUGGCUAGCCUGGAGCUCCUGUGUAGACCACACUAGCCUUAAAUUUGUGGCAAUCCUCCUGUCUCAGCCUUCUAAGAACUGGAAUUAUAGGCUUGCUCCACCACAUACAGCAGUCUCACUGAUGUCAAAGUUUUUUUCAUAAAUAUUAUAGAGGUUAAAGUUGUAUCAUGGCCUUCAGAGAAAUUCUUACACAUUAAGAAGAAUCCAUUUUAGUCUUUUCCUUUAUAGUUAGUUCUCUGCUGUCACAAUUGUGAACGCUUUUCCAAUUCUAAUCCCAGCCCACUCUGUUCAUCAGCGUGUUGCUCUUGUACAUUCAUUGCCCCUUUCAGCUGUGGAGUCUCUGAUCUCAGCCAGGCGUGGUGGAAUUCUUAUAAUCCCAGUAGCUGGGAUGUGGAGGCAGGACGAUCAGCUGCAUAGAAAGUUUAAGAGCCAGCCUGGGCUACAGAGACCCUGUCUCAAAAAAAAAAAGAAAAGAAAAGACAAAAACAAAACAAAACAAAAACAAACAAACCAGCUUUAAUCCCAGUACAAAGGAGACAGAGGCAGGCAGAUCUCUGUGAGUUUGAGGCCAGCAUGGUCUACAUGGUUAAGUCCAAGACCAGCCAGGGCUGCACAGUGAGAUCUCAUCUCCAAAACAGAAUAAAACAACAAAACAAAACUACCCUUUUAUGCUAUUCCUAAUAUAUUUCUAAAUUGCACCAAUACUGUUUUGGGGAAAAAUGACCCUUUCUCCACUGACAUCAAAUUGCAUUUUAUGUUCCCCACCCUUCUAGGUGUGUGAGCAUGCCACACUUAUCUGUCUGUGUGCUCUAGUGCUAGGACUAUACUGUUUGGUAAUCCUAACUUUAGGUUUAAAAUCCCUACUAACGAUUUUUUUUAAUUUCCUAGUUUAUUAUAUAUUCUAAUAUUUCCAAAAGAUAUUCAGGGGCUAUUUUGUAAAUUUUGGAAUCAUUGGAAAUUGGAUUAUAUACUAUUUCUAUCUUACAAGAGAAGUUACAUCUUUAUAGCCUCUUUUGUUUCACUAAAUUUAUAAUGUUCAGUCUAGUUUUUUAUAAAGGUAAUUUUUUUCAUUGUGGUUAUUGCUAUAAAUGAGAUCUUUUCCAACAGUUUACAGUUAUAUAGGUAUAACAUUGCUUUGCUAAUGAAAAUCCUUCCCCCUUAGAUAUCUAUUUGAGGACAUCAAAUAAAUGUUACACAAAUUUAGACAGAAAAACAACUGUAGAAAAUCAAAAUCUCCUAUAAUUAAAAUUCCUUCUAUCCAAGAUACUCAACAAUUAUGUAAAGCUCUCUCUCUCUCCCCCUCUGCCCCCCCCCUCACACACACACACACACACACAAACACAGUGUUUUAUCGUUUUGACAGUUUGAUACAGCCCCUAUGCCAUACACAUUCUUUCCUUGGAGAAGAUCUUGUCCAUCAGGAAGCAUCGAUCAAUCUACCUCAUUUUUAUCUGCGUAAAAGAGUGUGUCUGCACACAAGUCCAUUUCAUUGUGUCCAGCCAGUCACUGAUUCUUUUUAUCCUAAUCCUUUUGGUCUGAAUUUCAUUUGCCUUCCUAGUAGGCGAUAUCCUUGAUUAGUGAUGAUAAUAUUUCCCGAUUUUUCUCUUGCUUGCCUUCCCACACUGACCAGACCUUCUGUAACAGUGACAGAGUUGUCGUCUAUGAUUGUGCUGGUCUUAAACAUGCAUCUCCACGUACCUUCCCCUUGGUGAGGAUAUUUUUAGUGUCUUGACAGAAGUACACAUGUGACUCUUGCUUGUAUAUUCAAUUCAUACUCUUGUGUGUGUCUCUAGUUUGCUGACAAUUUUACAAGCAAGGGGUAUUGGGAUUUUAGGAAAUGAAAUUUUAACAUCUGUCAAGCUGUUGGAAUGAUUUUCCUCUAUCACGACUUAAGAUGAGUUGGUAUGGUUAAGUCCUUCCCUCUGUUUCUCCGAACCCUGAUGUAGUCGCAGUGCGUUACUCUUUUAAUAUACACCUUAUGAAGUUAACAGUGGUUACUCCGGAUUGGUCGGUCUUUGGUACAUUUUCACUUUGUCUGUCUUAUUUGUGCUUUCAAAUUUUUCUACAAAAGUUGCCUAUUACUUGUAUAAUAAAAUCAAGAGCUUUACACGAGAAAAGAUUCUUCUUGAUUUCAGCGGUUCCUUUUAUUUUGGAAUUUCAUAUCUUAUUAAUAAGAUGAAUAAUUGUGAUUUUUUUCUGCUGUCUUUGUCAGGUGUUUUUAUGUGAACUUCCUUUAAAAUAUAUCUUGGGCCACUUUCUAUCUCUUUUUCUAUGCCCUGGAAUAGUUCAAAUAAUAUUCAGAACUCCUUGCUCUCUGAAGUUUUUAUAACCUGUAUAAAACUGUCCCAAGUCUAGUGCCUUUUAAAGAAAUAAUCCUUCGAUAAUUUUAAAAAGUUUUCCAUAUUCAUUGGUCUCUUCAAAGUUUCCUCUCAUUCUGUAAGACUUUUGACAAUUUAACUUUUACUAAAUGAUGAUGUCGUCCAGGUUUUUGGGGUAUGUUGACGUAGGAUUGUAUUAUUUCCCCUUAGUGUUGUAUGUCUCUGCUUCCCAUUUUUAUUCUGAUUAUUUUUUCAAUAAUUAGUCCAUUUUUAUUCGUCUUUUCAAAAAACCAGCUUUGGGAUUUCUAUGUCUAUUUCCAGAUUUAUCAUUUUAUGAUUGUUGUUUUUCCCUUGGCAUUUCUCCAGCUUUCCAUGUUACAGGCCAUGCUGACUUCUUGCACAGAGACAGGGUAGCUCUUGCUGUAGGCCUGUGACCUUUCCUCUGAGUAUAUCUGUAUCCCAUAAAUGUUUAUAUAUGAUGUGAUUGUCAUAAAUAACUCAUCCCUUCAAACUGGAGUUUAUCUUUUACUGAGGAGAGAGUUGAAAUUAUACUUUUAGACUUCCUGAUCGUUUGUCUUUGUUGCUGUUGUUUUUAACUUUGUUACAGACUCUGCUUUAUCGCCUGUUGUCAAGGAGGGUAUGGCUUGUACAACUUGUGCAUUUCGGAGUUCAUUAACAUUUUGUUGAGACCUAAUAAAUUUUUAGUUUUAAUAAGAUACCCAGGAAGUUGUAGAAGGUAUAUUCUUUGAAAGCAACAAUAUUUGAUCUAUGUAUAUUAAUUUGACUUUACUAAAUAUACUAUUAUGGACUUUAAAUUUUAUUUUCUUAAUUCAUUAAAGACUAAGAAAGGCGUGUUCCCAUGAUCACUGUCUGUCAGCCCUUCUCCUAUGUGUCUAACGCCUUCUUCUGUAUCUGUUGCCAUAGAAAAUGACCCUUUUAUAUGUAAGGGAAAAUUGUUUUCCUAAAGACCUGUGUCCGUUGGGUUUACCUGGCUUUGUUGUAAUAGAGUUGUUUAUGUAGAAAUACGA